GUCCUGGUUUUCACGCAGCAAUAUCUUCGCGCCUUUGUUUUGUUCUGGCCAUGAAGUCUUCUACCUACAUAACACCUUGACCUUGAGUUGUCUGCCGCCCUCAGACAAGCAAAAUGACGACUCCACAAGCUCUUCAUCACUCCCUCCUACGUCCAUGUGUUCUCCAUAUCCUACGAGCAGCAGGCUAUCAUUCAACACGUCCCUCCGUACUAGACGCCUUCACAGAUCUCGCUGCACGGUACAUGUAUGCGCUUGCUCAAUCUACUGCCAGCCAUGCAGCAAUCAAUCACACUGGGCUGGAGAUCACGAUCCAAGAUGUCAGAAUGGCCAUGCAAGACUGCGCUCUUCUGGUGCCAGAAAAGGUUUUAGAGGACCAGGAGUUUGACGGCGAAGAGGAUACUAGAGGCGUAGACGCUUUUUUGGCAUGGGCUACGGGGAAGGCAAAUCGUGAGAUCCGAAGGGUUGCGCUGGAGGGUGGAGAUGGAGCAAAGGAGGAUUACUUGACUGUUCUCAAGAAGAAGCAUAGCGCCACAGAUGAAGAUUCGAGAUAUACCGGAACGAUCUUGGGGAAGCCUGCCGAACCUCGAACAAUCAAAGUUGAAGGUGGAGAAAUCAGCAGUGUGCAGGAAUGGGCAAAGAGGUUGAAGACGUCUUCGAAUCCCACACCCGAUAUAUCAUCACGCCGACAAUCAUCCGCUUUGAGCUCCUUGGGAGAAUCUCCCAUAGAGGAAAUGGAAUUUUAGUUGGCGCAUAUUUCAUCGAGAAGCAUUGCGACGGCGUUGGAUGGAUGGAUGGGUUCUGUACAUAUCAUGCAAACACCGCAGCCUCUGCGACCAUCAGCGCGCAGGAUAGGCAGGUAUAUAUACCUAACUAGUAGGGUAUUCAAACUUUGACUCUCC